AUGUGGUCCUCCAUCCCCCUUCUCGUCCUUUCCCUCCUCCCCGCGGCGUCCGCAGCCUCCGCGGCGCGCUGCAAGGCAUUCCCCAACACCUCGUCGUGGCCCGCGGCCUCCCGAUGGUCGGCGCUAAACAGCGCGGUCUCGGGCCGUCUCGAGACGGUUCGCCCGCCUGCCGCCGUGUGCUACGAAACGUUCGAUGGCGUGCCCUCCUACGAUGCGGCGAAGUGCCAGGCGUAUACAGCUGGCUUUUACGAUACCGAUGUGCAUCUUGCGAGUCCGGUCAGUAUCUAUUGGGACUUCUGGACGAACCGCACGUGUGUGCCCACCGAUGAUCCGACGAGCGGCGAGUGCACGAGAGGCGCGUUUCCGAACUAUGUGAUCAAAGCACAGAGCGUGAAGGAUGUGCAGGCGGGUGUGAAUUUUGCGAAGAAGAAUAAUGUCAGGCUAGUGAUCAAGAAUACCGGCCAUGACUUUAUGGGAAAGAGUAUCGGUACCGGCUCGUUGAGUAUCUGGACGCAUCUCUUCCAGUCCGUCAAGAUAAUCGACAAAUACAGCGACCCAUCGACAAGCUACAAGGGCAGCGCAGUAAAGCUGGGAGCUGGAGUGCAGAUCGCGAAUUUGUACACGGAGCUGGCCAAGGUUGGGAAGGUGAUUGUGGCUGGGGAGUGUCCCACUGUCGGCUUCGCGGGUGGAUAUAUCCAAGGUGGUGGACACGGUCCGCUUUCGACUAUUCUGGGAAUGGGGACGGACAGUGUUCUGCAGUACACACUCGUCACCGCCGAUGGGAAAUACAUCACGGCCGAUGCCAAGAGCAAUUCCGAUAUCUUCUGGGCCAUGCGUGGAGGCGGUGGCGCAUCUUGGGGCGUCUUGAUAUCAGUCACCGUGAAAACCCAUGACACCCCACCCGUCUCCGGUGCAGUAUUCAACUUCGACGUCCCGGCAAUGUCCCAGGACACAUACUGGGCUGCAGUUGAGGCAUUCCACUCGUUUGCGCCCUCCUUCGCCGACGCGGGCAUAUUCGGCUACUACGAACUCAACAAACAGUUAUGGUUCAUCAAGCCACUCAUAGCACCCCACAAGACACUGAGCGAGCUGGCGGCGAUCAUGGCCCCCAUGAUGGCAAAGUUCGACGAGUUGGGAGUGAAAUACACCUCCAACAUCACCACGCACUCCACUUUCCUGGAGGGGUACGAAGCGCUAUUCGAUCCCGAAGGCGCCGGCGCCAAUAUGUUCACCUCGUCUCGUCUCUUCCUCCGCGAGCACGUAGAGGGAAACAACUCCGCCAUCACGGCAGCGUUCCGUAACGGCGCGGAACAAGGGUACCAUUUUAUUGGCCAUGUUGUCGCUCCCGGCCAGUUCGGUGGAGUCUCCAAGGAAACCAGUGUCAACCCUAUCUGGAAGAAGGGGCUUUUGCUACCACUAUAUAACUAUAUGUGGAAUGGUACGGAGACUCAGGAGCAAAAGUGGGCGGUCAUCCAGAAUUUGAUCGACAAUGUCGAUACUGAGUUCAAGGACGCUUCCCCCGGCAGCGGGACUUAUAUCAACGAGGCGAACUUGUAUGAACCGAACUGGCAGAACGACUUUUACGGUGCGGCGUAUCCGCGGUUGUUGAAGAUCAAGAAGAAGGUUGAUCCCACGGGAGUAUUCUAUGCGAAGACGGCGGUCGGGAGUGAGCUCUGGAAGGAGGUGGACGGUGGACGGCUGUGCAAAGCCUAA